CGACGCAUGAAGAAGAUGACGAACCCGAUGGCGGCGCCGCACCGCGCGCCGACGCCGCCGCCAGUGUGGAGCGCGGUGUUCGCGGACGCGACGCUCCCAUCGCUCGUCGACGUGGGAUGCGCCAAGGGGAAGUUUCUUCGCCGCGCGGCGACGACGGACGCGGAUCUGUUGGAGCGCAGACGAGGGAAGCAUAACCUGUUGGGACUGGAGAUUUACGAGCCGCUGGUCGCGGAGGCGAACGCUUGGACGAGGACGGCGAGGAGAGGAGGAGGAGGAGGAGGAGGAGGCGACGACGGACGCGGCGGCGGCGACGCGUCGACGUCCGCCGCCGCCACCGCCGCCGUGGACAACCUGCACUUCAUCGCGUGCAACGCCAACGUGUCGCUUCGCGGGCUGCGCGUGCCGAACCUCUCCGUGGUGACGAUUCUGUUCCCGGACCCGUGGAGCCGGAAGAAGCACGCGAACCGUCGCGUCGUCACGCCGGCGUUCGUGCGAACGCUCGCAGACGCGUUGACGCGCGGCGGGAGGGUGUACUGUUGCUCCGACGUGAAGCCGCUCGCGACGGAGAUGUACGCGUUGUUCCUAGGGCACGGCGCGUUC